CCGUGUAUAAAUACCCAGCAGUUUAUAGUGGAGGAAUCAAAGACAUCGAGAACUAGAAACAGUCAAGUUACCACAGAAGUUCACCAAGAUAAACAGUACAACCAUCAAUACAUCAUGUCUGAGUACGAUACAGAUAUUGCUGCUGUUGUCAUUGACAACGGAUCUGGGAUGUGUAAAGCCGGCUUUGCUGGGGAUGACGCCCCACGUGCUGUGUUUCCAGCCAUCACUGGUAGACCCAAGUACGACGUCUACAUGGCCGGGAUGGGAACCAAGGACUGCUACAUCGGGGACGAGGCACAGAGUAAGAGAGGUAUCCUCAGUCUGAAAUAUCCCGUUGAGAACGGCAUCGUCAACAACUGGGACGACAUGGAACGUGUGUGGCACCACACCUACUACAACGAGCUGAGAGUGGCACCCGAGGAACACCCAGUACUUCUGACGGAGGCACCACUCAACCCCAAGUCUAACAGAGAGAAGAUGGUGCAGAUCAUGUUUGAGACAUUCAACACUCCCGCCUUCUAUGUGAGCAUCCAGGCGGUGUUGUCGCUGUACGCCUCGGGGAGAACCACUGGCGUCGUCCUCGACUCGGGAGAUGGCGUCUCGCACGUCGUGCCCAUAUAUGAAGGCUACGCCCUGCCCCACGCUGUUCAGAGAAUGGACCUGGCUGGCCGUCACCUGACCUCCUACCUUAGCAGGAUUCUACACGAGAGAGGAUACAACUUUACUACAUCAUCUGAGAAGGAGAUAGUGCGAGACAUCAAGGAGAAGCUCUGCUAUGUUCCCAUGGACUUCGAGUCAGAGAUGGUGUCAGCUACACAGUCCAGCGCCAUUGAGAAAGGAUACGAGCUGCCGGACGGGUCUGUGAUAACUAUCGGCAAUGAGAGGUUCCGAGCUCCGGAGUGUCUGUUCCAGCCGAGCUUCACGGGUAUGGAGAGUACAGGCAUCCACGAGAUGGUCAACAGCUCGGUGAUGAACUGUGACAUUGACACCGCCUUCUAUGUCAGCAUCCAGGCGGUGUUGUCGCUGUACGCCUCGGGGAGAACCACUGGCGUCGUCCUCGACUCGGGAGAUGGCGUCUCGCACGUCGUGCCCAUAUAUGAAGGCUACGCCCUGCCCCACGCUGUUCAGAGAAUGGACCUGGCUGGUCGUCACCUGACCUCCUACCUCAACAGGAUUCUACACGAGAGAGGAUACAACUUUACUACACCUUCUGAGAUCGAGAUAGUGCGAGACAUCAAGGAGAAGCUCUGCUAUGUUGCUCAGAACUUCGAGUCAGAGAUGGUGUCAAAUGCACAGUCCAGCGCCAUUGAGAAAGGAUACGAGUUGCCGGACGGGUCUGUGAUAACUAUCGGCAAUGAGAGGUUCCGAGCUCCGGAGUGUCUGUUCCAGCCGAGCUUUAUGGGUAUGGAGAGUUCAGGCGUCCACGAGAUGGUCAAAAGCUCGGUGGAAAACUGUGACAUUGACAUCUGGGAUGAUCUGUACAACAACGUGAUUCUGUCAGGGGGGUCAACAAUGUAUCCAGGUCUGCCAGAACGAAUGGUAAAGGAACUGUGUGCCAUACCGUCUGCAAUCAAGGUCAAGGUUAUUUCUCCACCUGAGCGGAAGGACUCGGUGUGGAUCGGAGGCUCCAUCUUGGCCUCGCUUUCAACCUUUAAACAGUUGUGGAUAUCCAAGGAGGAGUAUGAUGAACGUGGACCUGUCCUUGUUCACAGGAAGUGUUUCUGAGCGCCACGUUGUGACAGGCAGUUGGCAAUGGAACUUAAACGGGAGGCAUUUUCACAGCAUAAGCACAUUGCAAUUCACGUUGCAAAUGAAAUCUUAAACCACGAGUCAACAGAGAAUACUACAUACAUAAGUGUUUAUUCGGACUCGAAAUUCUCGGACUGCGAUAUUGGUGGAUUGGAUUACAUGUUUGUUCUGUUGGUAGAGAACAUCGUGCACUAUAAUGAACCCUAUAGUCUAUUUGCAGUGGAAACGUAUCGAUGAGUUUCACUUUAAACAAAAAAGUAAAUCACAUAAAGUGAAAUUAAGAUUGCGAAUCCUCAUAAUUUUACCUUGACAAUUGAACAUUUAAAUUUCACAAUUUUAUUCAACGUAGGAUAA